AUGCGUUUCCUCAUCCCAUCCGCCCUCAUCACCACCGCCUCAGCAACGGGCAUCCUCCUCCCACUAUACGUCUACCCAUCCGCAACAUACAACGACGGCGCAGCAAACUGGACGCCCGUCCUCACCGCAGCAUCAUCCAACCCAUUCCUCCGCUGGCUCACCGUCAUCGACCCCCAAAACGGCCCAGGAGGCACCUACCUCCCCGGCAACAACGACAUCAACUACAUAACCGGCGUGUCGAAGCUCAACGCCCAUGCCAACAUCAAAACCAUAGGCUACGUGCGCACAGACUACGCCAAAUCACCGCUCGACGAAGUCAAGCACAACAUCACCACCUGGAAGAACUGGGACACCUACACGGGGGCGAACAUCUCCGUCCAGGGCAUCUUUUUCGACGAAUCGGCACAGGAUGCGGCGUACAUGAAAGAGGUGGUGGGGUUUGCGAAAUCCACGUUCGGAAGGGCGAUUACGACGGUGUGUAAUUUUGGAGCGGCGGUUGACGCGGCGUAUUAUGGGGUGUGUGAUGUGGUGGUUGCGUUUGAGAGUUGUUUGAAUUGUGCGCUGGGGCCGCAGUAUAAGAGUGGGAUGACGAUUGAUGCGAAUGUUCCGGUGGACAAGAGAGGGCAGGGGGCGGUGAUUGUGCAUCAUUUUGAGGGGACGGCUUUUGAUGGGAGUGUUGCGGAUGGGGGUUUGGUGAGGAAGUAUUUGGGGACGGUGAAGGAGAAGGGCCUUGGGUGGGUGUAUUUCUGUUCAAAGGAUUACAAUGAUAUUGGGAGUGGGCCGGCGACGGUUGGGGAAGUUGCGAGGGGGUUGGCUUGA